AGAUAAACAUAAACAUUGUAUAUUGAAUAUCACAUAACAGUCAUUAUAAUCGCAUUAUUUAGUGGACACAAACACACGGCGUGUUUAAUAUGURGUGACUCUGCCGUCAUMUGACAUCACUGACCAUCUGUUUMUGAUUAGCCGAAUCUGAUCUCAACAAUGGYCGACAAGUCAUCGCCACCGCCGCCGUCAUCGUCAUCCACCCGAAAACGACAAUCGUCGCUACAGUUGGCCACACUGUCGGCCACCUAUAACAUUGCAUUGCAGAUAGCUCUACGUAUUGUUACGUUUGUGGCCAACGCYGUAGUCUUGCGAUACAUAACCAGAGAUGUGUUGGGUGUCAUUAAUGUCAGAUUGCUGUUGUURUACACAACCAUUCAGUUUAUUAGCCGCGAACCGUUUCGUCGGGUAAGUGUCGGCUCAACCAAAUCGCACGACUGGCCACAAGUAGUCAAUUUGAUUAGUCUAUCAAUCCCGUUGUCGAUGAUUUGCGGAACCGUUUUGUCACUUGUCUGGUAUCAUAUACUAGAACGACCCGAUCCAGACCUGAUUGCCGACUACGGCUACGGAGUGAUAGCCAUAUUUGUAUCRGUUAUUAUCGAGCUGUUAGCCGAACCGCUCUAYGUUUUUGGUCAGACCAAUGCYUACAUCAAGUUUAAAGUUGUGGCCGACGGCAUGUUUCUAACGACCCGAACGCUAKUUAUGGUAGCUCUGGUGUCCAAAUGGCCGCAUMGAGCYGUWAUYGUGUUUUCGGGCGCACAAUUAACCGCAUCYACGGUCUAUCUGUUACUGUAUUACAUAUACUUUAUUUCGGUAGAAAARCGACCGCUUAGACUAUUUCUACCGAAAUCUAUUGACAAUAAGCCAUUCGUUGAUCGAUCACUUGUCAUAAUAACCACCAGUUUCUUGAAGAAUACAACACUYAAGCAGUUUCUCACAGAAGGCGARCGUUUUGUUAUGACAUUCUUCARUGUUAUUACAUUURCCGAACAGGGAGUCUACGAUGUGGUCAACAAUAUCGGUUCACUGCCGGCCCGACUAGUCUUCCARCAGAUCGAAGAGUCGGGUUAUGUAUUGUUUUCGCAGAAAUUGGACCGACAAAAGGCGGCCACCGAUCAGCGGGACGACGAUCUCCGCGARUCGGCUGUUAUAUUGAARAAUUUUCUGAAACUAAUGUCACUAUUGGGUCUAACAAUACUGGUGUUUGGUGUCAACUAUUCYGAAUUGGCUCUACUCAUCUACGGUGGCCAGCGAUUGGUCGGCGACGACGGACUGGCCACUGGUCUACUCCAGUGGCACUCUAUCUAUGUUUUAUUUAUAGCUGUCAACGGCAUUGCCGAAUGUUUUACAUUUGCCUCAAUGAACAGCCGACAAAUGGAUUCAUUCAAUCGCCAAAUGAUUAGCAUAUCUGUGAUAUUCCUCGUCAGCUCAUACUUGUUGACCAAUUGGUUCGGUAGUUGCGGCUUUAUUAUGGCCAACUGUCUCAAUAUGGGCUCACGUAUUGUUAUCAGUAUAAAUUUUAUUAAAUCCUAUUACGCGAACACCAAAGCAGACGUUCCCAUCAAUGGAUCCAUUCCUCAACCGAUGGUUUUGGUCUCAUUUUUGUUGACAUUUAUCAUACUUUUCAUAGUUAAGCCUUAUCUAUGUUGUACUGGUUUAUCGAUAUCAUUGUUGAAAAUUAUUGGUUACAUAACUAUUGGCUUAAUUUGUCUUUUAGUAAAUCUUAUWGUGAUUUAUUUAAAUGAACGACAAUUAGUAGAAUUUAUUGUCAAUUUAUUUAAAUCAAAAUCYAAGAUUUUAUAA